GCCACCGGCUGGCGGGGGAGAGGGCGGGCGAGGCCUGCCCCCCGCACGGAACCGGCCUCUUGCUCGCCGCGGGCAGCCUCAGCAGGCCAAGUGACUCCUGUCUCAGGUUCCUAUCUUCUGGUUGAACUAGAGUAUGUCUUUUAGAAAGAUAUCCAGUCUCUGGAUUUAAAGACUUCGAGUGAUGGAGAUCCACUACAUCCCUUGAGUUAAACGACUGUAAGUCAGAGAGAGCUUCCACAAUCCAAACAGAUGACGAUCAAUUGAUAAAUCAACCCAGAGUUUUACCAUACUUUAAAGCAGCGGAAAGAAUGUCGGCGCGGGCCGCGGGUGACGUCAGAGGGGAACAGCGCAGAGCGGCGGCGGCCAGGCAGCGGCGGCGGCGGCCCCGGCACGGAGGAGGAGGAGGAGAGAGCGGCCCCGGCCCCUCCGCCACCACAGCGGCAAUGGCGACCGUCGGAGAGCGCAGGUCCCUGCCCAGCCCGGAGGCGAUGCUGGGGCAGCCCUGGAGCCACUGGGUCGAUGCUGCUAAACUUCACGGAAACGAUGGAACAGCAUUGGAAGAAAGUUUCAAGGAGUAUGGGAAAAAUCGAGAAGCGAUGCGACUCUGUAGAGAAGAUAUGCCAAUAUUUGGUCUUUGCCCGGCUCAUGAUGAUUUCUAUUUGGUGAUGUGUAACCACUGUAAUCAGGUCGUAAAACCACAGGCAUUUCAAUCACAUUAUGAAAGAAGACACAGCUCCUCCAGCAAGCCGCCUUUGACCCCUCCCUCCUCUUCAGUAUUUUCCCUCUUUUCAUCUUUGUCUUCAAAGAGCAAAGGUAGCAGUGGAAGUGGGAGCAAUCGCUCAUCCAGUGGAGGUACUAGUGCAUCAUCAUCCAAUUCCAAGUUGUUGAAAUCACCCAAAGACAAGCUGCAGAUUGGUGGAAACAAUAGGUUACUGCAUCCGGUACAACAUAGCAAAGUUCCCCACGAUAAAAUCAUGACUCCAUCUGUCAAAGUGGAAAAGAUUCAUCCAAAGAUAGAUGGUGCACUAUUGAAAACUGCUGUUGGUCCAACUUGUUCUACUACUGUGAGUUCCUCAAUAAAGACUGGCCUUAAUUGUCCCUCAAUACCAAAGCCACCUUUGCCUUCCCCUGGACAGAUACUGAUUGGUAAAGGUCUUCUCUCUGUGCCUCCAUUUUUGGAAAAGAAACCAGAAGAUAGUACAAAUAAUAGGAAAUUCUUACAUAAAAGAUUGUCAGAGAGAGAGUUUGAUCCUGAUAUAUACUGUGGCGUCAUUGAUGUGGAAACCAAGAAACCCUGUACUAGGUCUUUGACAUGCAAGACACAUUCCUUAACCCAGCGGAGGGCUGUUCAGGGUCGAAGAAAACGAUUUGAUUUGUUAUUAGCCGAGCACAAAAGCAAAACCAGGGAAAAGGAAUUGCUUCGACAUUCGGAUCAUCAUCAGCAGAUGCCCCCUCUCAGGGAACCACAUCCCUCACCUUCUAAAACUUCCCAGGAGCUGCACCAAAAUUCUCAUGGACUUAUUCCUACAGAAUCAAAGCCUUUAGUACCUAAUAAACCCAAACCUCACCCCCCCAGUCUUCCAAGGCCUCCAGGCUGUCCAACCCAGCACAGCGGAAAUGCCCCCAGUGACUCUCUUGCGGUCCAUGAAUCUCCACACCCUCCGUUGCCUGCAGCUGAGCCAGCAUCCCGUUUAUCCAGCGAUGAGGGAGAGUGUGAUGAAAAAGAAGAACAUGGUGAAAAACUGGAUUGUCGUUAUUCAGGUCAUCAUCCUCAGCCAGCCGCUUUUUGCACAUUUGGCAGCCGGCAAAUUGGAAGAGGUUAUUACGUGUUUGAUAAGCGGUGGAACCAUAUCCGAUGUGCACUUAACUUCAUGGUGGACAAGCAUCUUAAUUCACAGAUGUGGAAGAAAAUUCCCCCAGCAUCUAGCAACACGGCGUCUGUUCGUGCUCCACAUUGGACAAACUCAAUGCCUGCGUCACAGUAUGGUGUCAGUGCUGCAGGUUUCCUUUUACCCACCACGGUUAUGUCAUCACCAACGUUGGUUUCUCCUUCCUGUGUGUCUCUUAAUAGUAAAUCAGUCCCAUCACAUGGAACUACACUAAAUGCCAAUCCUUCUAAUCUGGGUGCAGUGGACCCUGUCUGCAGUAUGCAAUCAAGACAAGUGUCUUCGUCCCCUUCAACACCUACAGUGCUUUCCUCAGUACCUUCACCUAUGCCCAGCAAACCUCAGAAAUUGAAAUCCAGCAAGUCUUUUAAACCUAAGGAAUCUUCUGCUAGCAGCACCAACUGUAACAGUACCAGUAGCAACAGUAGCAGCGGCGGCUCAGGAAAGAAGCGUAAAAACAGUUCCGCACUGCUAGCACCUUCGUCUCAUUCCACAGAGUCCUUUAGGAAAAACUGUGUGGCUAACUCUGGGACCUCUUAUCAUUCAUCCAUGACAUCUUCGUCGCACAGUGUUGGCCUCAAUUGUAUGACUAGCAAAGCUAACUCUGGUAGCCUCAAACAUGACCAAUCAGGGAGGGGCCCUCCUACUGGAAGCCCUGCAGAAUCGAUAAAAAGAAUGAGUGUGAUGAUGAACAGUAGUGAUUCCACUCUUUCCUUAGGGCCAUUUGUUCAUCAGGCCAGUGAACUGACUGUAAAUUCACACAGCAGUUUUUCACAUGCACACACUUCCCUGGACAAAUUCAUAGGAAAGAAAAGAAAGUGCUCACCUGGUUCAAGCACCAUAAACAGCAGCAAAUCAAACAAGGUUGCCAAAUUGCCAUCGGUGAACAAUGUUCAUGCAAAACACACCAGUGCAAUCACAGGGACACAGGGACUGAUGAACAAUUCUCUUCUUCAUCAGCCAAAGGCACGUCCUUGAUAGCUGAAUAUGCCGUGGUGAGAAAAGAACUGGACAACGUUCACUAUAAGCAAAACCUCCAUCUGGAAUUCUGGACUCCAAGAUGCCUUUGAGUUAUCCCAGCUUCCCAUGGUCCUCAGGUGUGGAAAUCUACUGGACUGUCACUCAAACAAGGAAUUUCCCUGAAGCCAUGUCUGUAGCAGUGAAUAUUGUAAAUGGACACUGGAUGGAAGUUCAGCCACAUAAUUGCUCUUACCAGUGUUAACAGUGGUCUGGACUGCUUGCUACAAAUCUGUGAGAUGUUACCUACGGGAGUACAUCAUCUUGCCACUAUUUGACAUAGAUUGGCUGGCAAAAGAAUGUUUGGGGACAACCAUUACUGUGGACUCUUUUUAUGCUGAUGGUGUCUUUUGUAGGUUAUUAGCCACCCGAUAGGCGCUGUCAAUUGAAAGAAACCCUCCAGCGGGGGUACAAUGUGUUAGGCACAAUGAAAAGAAGCCCUCAAGAAGGGAAUAUGGCUUUAGUGUUUUUAUAGCAGUGUUCCUUUAAUGGAACACAAAAAUAGCACAAUUCAGAAACUAAAUAGUCUGUGUUUUGCCCAGCCUUUUGCAAGUCAUUUGGGAUAAGAAGCUGUCAGGAGUUUCAAAAACUUUUAAAAACUUGUUUGAGGCCAUUGUUCAAAAAACAAAGAUAAAAAUAAUGUUGUACUUGCCUGAUGGAAAAGCGAUUAUUAUUUUGAAUAAGAUUCUAUUGCAAAAGAAAGUAAAAAUUGUUAAUUCCUUUUGAUGAAGGAAAUCCGAAUGCAAAAGUAUCAAAUCAACGAAGGCAAAUAACCUAUAAAACUAUUCCCAAAGAACAUAUUUUUUGACCUAUACUGUAUACCAGAAGCCUUUGUUACUUUAAAGAAGAACUCUACUAGUUGAAUUAGGUUGGUUGUACCUUCCGGCCUGUAAAAACAGCCCUUUUAAAACUAAAUAUUUAAAAUAUUUAAAGAUUUUUCUGAAAGCUUUUCAGUUAGUUUAUGCCUUGUUCUUGUAAUCAAAUCAUUAACACUUGUCAUGCUUUCAGCUACCCACAAUCAGAUAUUUCAGAAUGCUGCACUAGAUGCUAGUUAGCAACUGAGUUCAGCUUUAAGUCCACCUGAAUGGGUUACUAUCAUCUUUUUCUCAGACACAGAUGUUUUAUGAAUAAAGGGGACUAUACUAUGUUACAGUCCAGACGGUCAGUUUUCACGAGAGAUUUUUAUCUUGUUUUAAAACAUCUCAAAAAUGAAAUCCUUUAAAGGGCUUUAGCAUUAUUAUAAUGUAAUUGAUUUGGAUAUUUUCAGUAAGCUUUUUAACAGUGAAUUUUGAGACUUUACUUGAACCUUUGUUAAGGGGUGAAGUAAAGGAAAACAACUUCUAAAUCAAGAAUAUACUCUUUUUGCCUUAAAGGGGCACCAGAUAUUGCUGAGAUCAGACAAUCUGAGCCUAUCAAAUUAUUCACGCAGUCCAGCCUUCUUCUUCCCAGUUUGGUGGCACAUCGUACAUCAGGGAUUCUCAAGCCACUAAGAGCAGCAGGUGCUUGGUUGGUUACCUGUUCACGUUUCCAAGUUAACAUGAACUUGCUGCAGAAUUAUUAUGUACCGCAAAACAACAGCGAGCCUCUAUGCAGACACUUUAGCUUUGAGUUUAUAUAAAAGGUCACCAUGAAAAAACACUUCAGACGUUUAUUAUGCAAACAUAAACUAACUGUAUUUCAGGAACAAAAAGUUGAAGAUGUAAUAUGAUGCCCAACUGAAAGGAUUGUUUCCUGCACAGUGGGUGUGAAAUUCUGGCCCCAUUGAAGUCAGUGGUGCCAAGGUUUCACCCCUACAUGUUUCAGUCACAAGUGCAAUUUGGUUGGAUAGACUUACAUUUCAGGUGAACAGAAAUGUAUAUUCAUCAACCUUUGUGGCUUUAAGUGAUGGAACAUCUUUAGUUGUGUAAAGAUUAUGUUGAUCUGAAAGCUUAAUGGCAAGUCAAAGCUCAUUCAAAACCAUGCAGACAUUUGAAAGUUAGUAUUUAAUCACUGUGCUUCAUGUAGGGCCGGGUUUUAACUACACCUGCAUUAGGGCUCCAGGGCCGGCUCCAGGCACCAUCCCACCAAGCUUGUGCUUGGGGCAGCACCUGGAGGGGGGCGGCGCGGCGCUCCGGCUGCCAGGGAGAGCGGAGCCCUGGCCAGCUCGCCGCCCUCCCCCCCCGGCGCUCUGGCUGCAGGAGAGAGCGGAGCCCAGGCCGGGCUCGGCGCCCUCCCCUGCCGCGCUAGGGGGGGAGGGGCGGCCGGAGGCUUUUUUGCCUUGGGUGGCAAAAAAGCCAGAGCCGGCCCUGUAGGGCUCGUAGUUUUAAUCUAUUGGGACUAGGAAGUGAGGCCAUUUUAAAUUUCAUCUGCCCUUGAGUACAGACCUGCUUAAAUAUUACAGCUUAGAUCUUGGUUCUAAACAGAACCCAGUUCCUGAAGCUUUUAUUGUCUCUCAUAAUUCUUACUGUAAAUAUUUAAGGAAGCUUAAAAUUAAUUUACCGUGCAAAAUUGAAUUUGCAGUGGCUGGGUUGUUUCUAGACAGAUUUUCGUAGUAAUUUAAGAGAUACAAUUUUUAUAGGCUUUCCAACGUCUCGUUCUGACUCCUGCAGUUUUCUUAACCUAAAAUAUUGCUGCAAUGAUGAACAAAGAAUUAUACAAAAACCAUACUUUUGUAUCUUUAUUUUGGAAUUUCUUGUUCUAUUAUAAAUAUUGAAGUAUCCCUAUUUCAGAAGACAUAUUUUGUUAAUUGAUUGUACAUAUUUAAAUAUGUAUUUUUGCACAGGUCUUUUUUUUCUUAUAUCCAGUUUUGGUACAAUUGAGAUCAUCUAGUAUUUAUUUAUUAAUUAAUUAAAAAUAGCAAAUACCUUUUUUAUAAUUUGAAGUGGUUCACUGCCAAGCUAACAGUAACAUGCCUACUUUGCAAAUUAAGGGAUGCCUUUGUUUUGUGAAAGUUGUGUCCCUUUUAGUGUCUUGGGAGUGGAUACCUACAAACUAACGCCAAGAUCCUGCAGUUGGACCCAUGCAGAGGUCUGCCACAAGGAUCUGAUUGCAGGAUCAGGGUCUAAAUGGUCUAGGUGGCAUUGCUUAUCAGUUGUCUGAUUCCCAGAAGACUACAUUUAGUUAAGUGACACUCUGCUUCUCUUUUUUUAGUAUGUGUGUGUGUAUGUGUGUGUGUGUGCGCGUGCGCAUUUGUAUGGGUCUCGUGGUUUAAAACUAAUGGAAAAACUGAAAGUGCCUGAUAUAACUAGUUUUAAGCUUGGACUGUUCAGACAGCUUCUCCUUAAAAGACUUGAAUGUUCAGUUGAAAUUUUGGAGCUUGCUUUUUCCACCUAUAUAUUUCUAACAUUUUAAUUCGAAGGGGUUCAAAACACAAAAAUGACUGAUGCUGGUGAUUUUUGUAAAGCAUUUUAAAUAGAAUAACGUGUUUUGAAACAAGCCCAUCAAUAGUGCAUCUCAAAAUAAUGCCAAGGGUUAAAUAUUUUUUUCAAACAGAAAUUUACAGAACUGUCUCCUUUUUUUUGGUUAUUCAUUCUUAAACGAUAUAGUUUAGAAAAAGAGAAUGUUUAAAAUAUUUUGUAUUCCAGAAAAAAAAACAAAAAACAAACAAAAAAACCCA